AUGAAUGCGCUCACAGAGGCCAUCGCUGGUCCACAUCGUGUUCGCGAUAGUCAGGAGCGAGCUGCUCAGCGUCGUUUCGCAGGGCUAGACAAGAAGAUGAAAGAGAUUAGGGACGUUUCACCAGAAGCCCCGCCUAGUGUAGGAAGCGCACUCGGCUCGACAAGACCCCCCAACGAUACGUCUCGAGCACAAUCCAGAGCAUCUUCGAGGGCUCAAUCUCCAGGACGCCAAACUCGACCACUCAGACCUCGUCCCGAACUUCAGCGCAGUCAGUCAGAGUUACCAAUACAAGCAAGGCAGCUUCGUUCUCGUCCUCUCAUGCCGCCUUGCAUCACAGCGAUGGAUCUCGACGCAGAACAGAUGAAGCGCAAUUACAGUCUCGAGGACUUGCAAAGAUGGGACAGAGCCAAAUCACCAAUGCCACCUCUGUAUCCGAUGAUGGGUGUAGGCAGAUACCGAACUUCGAUCUCCGCUGAUCCUCAGUGGCGGUCAGAGCACCUCAAGAAGCAGUUGAGCAGCUUAGAUGGCCUCGAAAGUAUGGUUGCAUCUCUCGACAUAGCAGACCUGACUGGCGAUACCAGUGUCUCCAGCGAGGAGUGGCAACAGAUAACUGGUCUUGGUAGUCGAAGAGAUAGUGCUAUCAGCUCUAAUAGCACCCGAACAACCUCCAGUACGGGCCUUCAGGACCUGACUGAUUCACAAGGAAGUCGUCGAGUUGAACGAGGGUUCUCACCAUCUGCAUCUUCGCUUCGUAGUUCUUUCGGCGUACACUCCAGGAAGGGUUCGAAUCUCUCCAUCGUGUCGAGACCCAGUGAUGUUGACGCUUCCCUCCUUCAGAAGCCCUUGCAUCGACAGUCGGUGGUUCUUGGUUCGGAGCGGAGGGUUUCGGGACCAAUGUCUACCAUCAAGGAGCUAAACCCAAAUGCGCUGUUGGUCGGAGAGAUCCAGAAGAAAGUUCAGAAACCCUGCGAGUUCAUUACCACAGGUGAUCCAGAAAGUGCUGUUGCUUCUGAUGUGGAUGACCCUGAAGAAGAUGCAUGGACUGAUGAAGGUGAAAGUGCUAAAGUGUCCGUUAUUACACAGAUGCUCAAAGAAGGGAGACAAUGUGAGCCUCAGCCCGAUCUGACCCGAACUCGGACAAUGUCUAGUGACAUGAAGCGGGCACGUGGCAGUACGACCUCAAUUGACAGAUCGCGGACCGUCCGCACUCAUGCAGGUCCAUCGCGGCGAAAGAAAUCGUCGAAGAAUGAUGUACCUUCUCAUCAGAGAGCAAAGUCGGACGACAAGAAGACAGAGAAGGCGUUUCCUGCCUUGCCCUCACCUGAGUCUAAUGAAGAUGGUCCUGAAAUUGUUAUGCAAAGACAAGAGUCAACAAGGAGGAUUGCCGAGAACCAAAAGAAGCACUCUAUGACCAGAAUUUCGAGAGAAGCAGAUCGUGUCACAGAUGACGAUACACUGAUUGCAGAGAGUCAGCACGAGUAUCUGCCACGAGCGCCACGCAAUCGAUCGGCUACAGCCUUGCGUUUUGGAAGUGCCGCGAAUGCACAGCCAUCAACCGAUUGA